AUGUCACCAAGAAGAGCAUUUCUAGCACCAUUAGAUGGCGGUGGUGCAGCCGCCAUUGCUGGUGGCGGCGGCGGAGGUGGCGGUAAGAAAGACUUGCUAACAUCACCAGCAAGUAGAAAAGAAGAUCGAAUGGCUGAGAAGCAGCCCAUGCUCUCGUUCGCAAAGGUUGUGUCCGGACUAGCUGAGGAAGCUUUGCCUCAACCACCACUACCACAGAAGCAACCGAACUCUUCCAGUUCUACACAAAAUGAAACAGGUCAACCUGACAAGCAAACACAAUCCCAGAAUCAUAGACGUGACAAAGAGAAUGCUGGUGGACGUCAAUCUGAUAGACCUCGUGGCGAAGGAAAAGGAAAACGUCGUAACAACAGAAAAAACGAUCGCAAACAGAGAGGAGAAGCAAAAUCUGAGAAAACAGCAGAAAAGUCUACUCCUGAAGAAGUUAAACCAGUUGAAGUUCCAGUUGUAUUAGAGCCUGCCCCGUUGCCAACAACAAACGCAUGGUUCAAAAACAAGGAAGAAGCAGCAGCCGCUGCCGCUGCUGAAGCCGCCGCCGUCUCGCUCCACGAAGAUACUAAGAAAGAAACAGUAUCAUCUUCAACAGUCCAUCAAGUUGCACAGAAGCAUUCAGCUCCAGUUCCAGAAAAAAAGAAAGCUGCAGAACCUACUCCGAAGCAAACAUCGAUUAAAGAAAAGCCGAAAAAUAGAGAAUCGAAAAAGGAACCAUGGAAAACGUCAAAUGUUCCCGUAUCCACCUUUUCAAGUGCGGAGACUGUAACAGUUUCUGCACCACAGGAAUGGCCUUCUUUGGCGAAGUCGGAGCUUAAUGGGCACGUUUCUCCAUCAAACUCGGAUGACAAUAAUGAAGGAGGGAGCAAUUCACAACAUAAAACUGGUGGAAAAACAACGAAAAAUAGCUGGAAAAAGGUCGAGAUUUCGGUCGAUUAUGGAAGCAAAGGGAAAGGAGCUCCACGUAGCAACGGUGGGGAAAAAGGAACACGACGUACAGCUAAUGACGAAAGUGUACGGAGACGAUCUGGUGAGGAAGAAUCGGCUAGUGGAGAUGAACAGCAAAAUUGGUCGCGCAGCAAGGACAACAAGAGUCCAGUGAACGAAAUGUCAAACGAGCGAGUCGUUGAUUCCGGAGCGAAUGGUAUAUAUUACCAACAAGGUGGUACUCACGGUUGGAAAAAGAAAGUGAAUAACAAAUCAGGAUCAGACUUACCUACACCGCCGAACUCAACUUCACCACAACAAAGCGAAGAAAACUCACCAGAACACGUGCCAAAAGAUAGAACCAAUAUGAACGGAAAUGCAAGGAACGCACCACCUGCAAGUCGCAACGGAAACGCAUCAAAUAGCACAAAAACUGGAGACUAUUGGCAUAAAAAUACUGGGGAAAGGAAAGAUGACAAAGCUCAACCUAAAGCUUACUAUCAGCGAAAUGAUAGAUAUCAGGCACGAGCAAACCCCCAUGCUCCACCAAAACUGACUGCAGCUCAGCGAAAAGAGAGAGGACCACUUCCUCGUUGGGAAGAUAUUGAAGCUGGAGAGGACAACUUCGACUAUAUGACUUUGAUGGAGGCUCAAUACUCGCAAUAUUAUGGAGCUCCACAGCAAUAUGAGCAUCAGUUGGAUCCACAUCAAGCAAGUAUUCUCAUUCAACAAGCACAACAACACAUGGCUUCUUUUGCCCCGUUCCGACCUCCAAUGCCGAUGAUUUCACCGAAUCUAAUGUCUCCACCAUUGGAUCGUGAUGGUGGUAUCAGUUCACCACUGGCGAAUGGAGAGCCAAUCAACACAUCCAUUCCAUUUGCUCCUAUCUAUCAUCCACCAGCUCCACCACGUCCAGUCACUGAUGAUACUUUGAAGGAGUACGUCAGAAAACAAAUUGAGUACUACUUCUCUGAAGACAAUCUCCAGAAAGACUUCUUCCUCCGUCGAAAAAUGUCGCCAGAAGGAUUUUUACCAGUGGCUCUUAUUGCAUCCUUCCCAAGAGUUCGUGCGCUCACUGAGGAUGUUUUGUUGAUUGGCGAGGCACUCAAGGAUUCUACAAAAGUAGAGGUUUCUUCCGACAGUAUGCAGAUUCGUGCACGCGAAAACCCGACUUCGUGGCCAUUGAUGCCUACAGUCAGUGGAGCUGCUGACUCUAUGCCAGGAACUUCCACUCAAGCCUCACAACAGUUUCGACAAAAUGGACCUUCAACUCAACCUGCCACGACUCAGUCCAAGGUUUCUACAGAACAGCAGGCUCAAACACAAGCUUCCUCUUCGAAAACAAAUAAACCACAACAUCAUCAAGAUGAUUGGGAAGAAGUGAAAACAAGGAAAGGAAAAGCAAAAGGACGGCUCACCUCCGGAUCACAGUCGACGAACGAAAGUAAACGUCAAACACAGUCACAGAUAUCGUCUCAGCAAGGGGGCUCUGAUCAACCCGAAUUGGAUUUUCAGUUCGACAAUGAAAUUUCUGGUGGCGGAGGAUCAACACAAACACCAAAACGAGCAGAAAAAUCCAAGAAAGCUCUUUUAAGUGCUAUAGAUUCGGAAGAAAUCACAGAUGAUGUUAUAAGCAAAUUGAUCAUUAUGACACCAUCGCGACGAACAUUGGAUCGUACGGGUGAUUUCACGACACGAUCACAGAACCAAGUAGAGUUCAACGAAGAAGUAGAAAUCGGACUUCGUCAGUAUGAAGAGGAGCUUUGGACAGUUCCACUUGAGAAGGAAGCACCGACGUCCAAAGUUUCGACGAUUUCGGCGGAGCAGUUCCAUCGAAUGCGCGGAGAUAGUGAAACUAAAAAGGAUUCAGAAGAGCCACCACUGAUCCCACCACCUACUGGAACACAACCAACUCCCGAUUCUGUUUGGACUAAAAAAGCCAAGGAACGUGCAGCUGCCAGUGUUACUGUGCCUAAAUCACCGAUGCAACGUCGUGAGUCGCAGGAACAGAAGAUGAACCGCUUUUACCCAGUAUCGAAACCAUCCGCUCCACUCGAUGCCAAAUCUCCACGCAAGAAGAAGACUCGUCACAGCGAGAAGCCACCUGUUGAGAUGCCAGUAGCGUGGGUCCUCGGACGAGAAGACGGUUUACCUGCUGCUCCAAUUGGAAUCGCUGCCAGUUCAUCACAGGUCCCGGCUAAUCAUCCAUCUGUCAGUCUUCUUCAGGAGGAUCGUUUCGUGCAAAAUGUGUAUUCCACGUGGAGACAAUCAUGCCUGAAGCAGCGCAAGAGUCUUGGAUACGACUGUGCCGAAAUGAACACAUUGUACCGUUUCUGGUCUUUCUUUUUGCGAGAUAAUUUCAACAGAAACAUGUACGAAGAGUUCCGCAAGUUAGCACUUGAGGACUCUGAGAUUGGAUCUCGUUACGGGAUUGAAGCAUUGUUCCGAUUCUACAGCUACGGCUUGGAGAAAAAGUUCAGACCAGAAAUUUACAAAAAGUUCAUGAAGGAUUGCACUACCGACGUGCAAAAAGGAGAGCUCUACGGACUUGAGAAACUUUUUGCUUUCUUACAGCGAUCGAAAAUUGCUAAACAGUUGGUUGUUGACGACUUCUUGACAAGCGAGUUGAACAAAUAUAAGUCAACGGAUGAUUUUAGAAAUCUUCCAUUGUCAACCAAGAAGUAA